AUGCAGGGACCUUUUGCUUUGUUCCUGGUGGGACUCUAUUUCCACAUUGCAGAUGGUGUCAUCCCAGAAGCAGAAGAGAACCCCAAUUUCUGGAAUGAGCAGGCAAAAGCUACCCUCCAAUCAGCCCAGAAGCUAGAGCCCAUCCAGACCUCAGCCAAGAACCUUAUCAUCUUCCUGGGGGAUGGGAUGGGAGUGCCCACUAUAACGGCCACCCGUAUACUGAAAGGAAAUCUGAAUGGAAAUCUUGAAAUCCCACUGGCUAUGGAUGGGUUCCCUUAUGUGGCUCUCUCCAAGACAUACAACGUAGACAGGCAGGUACCCGACAGUGCAGCCACAGCCACUGCCUACCUCUGUGGUGUGAAGGGCAACUACAGAACCAUCGGAGUCAGUGCUGCUGCCCGCUACAAUCAGUGCAACACCACUUGGGGCAAUGAGGUCUUCUCGGUCUUGAAGCGAGCCAAGGAAGCAGGGAAGUCAGUAGGAGUGGUGACCACCACCCGGGUGCAGCAUGCUUCACCCGCUGGCACCUACGCCCAUGUGGUAAACCGGGAGUGGUACUCGGAUGCUGACAUGACUGAGGAGGCCCUGGAGAGUGGCUGCAAGGACAUUGCUUCCCAGAUGGUCUCCAAUGUGGACAUUGACGUGAUCCUGGGUGGGGGCCGCAAGUACAUGUUUCCAGAAAAAACCCCUGAUCCGGAGUACCCAACCCUUGGCAGUCAGAGUGGAACUAGGAAGGAUGAUCAGAACCUUGUAGAGAAAUGGCUGAACGACACCCAGGGUGCCAGAUAUGUGUGGAACCGUGAACAGCUGCUGAGUGCAGCAGAAGACCCCACAGUGACACGGAUCAUGGGCCUCUUUGAACCCGGGGACACUAAAUAUGACAUACAACGCAAUACUUCUGAAGACCCCUCUUUGAUGGAAAUGACCGAGGUUGCCAUUCAAAAGCUCAGCCUAAAUUCCAAAGGCUACUACCUCUUUGUGGAAGGAGGCCGAAUUGACCAUGGCCACCAUGAUAGCAAAGCACAGUUGGCCUUGACAGAAGCUAUCAUGUUUGACUCAUCAAUUGAAAAGGCCACUGAGCUGACCAAUGAAAAGGACACUUUGAUUGUCGUCACUGCAGACCACUCCCAUGUCUUCUCCUUCGGUGGCUACACCUACAGAGGCAGCUCCAUCUUUGGACUGGCUCCCCAAAAGGCACAAGAUGAAAAACCAUAUACUUCCAUCUUAUACGGCAACGGACCUGGCUAUAGCCAGGUCAAUGGUGGUAGAGCAGAUGUCAACGACACUAUCAGUGAGGACCUGUCCUACAGACAGCAGGCAGCUGUGCCCUUGAGCUCAGAGACUCAUGGAGGGGAAGACGUGGUCAUCUUUGCAAGAGGUCCCCAAGCCCACCUAUUCCAUGGCGUGCAGGAGCAGACCUAUGUGGCCCAUGCCAUGGCCUUUGCCGCCUGCCUGGAGCCCUAUCAGGAUUGUGGGCUCACAGCCCCUCCUGGCAUCCCCCUCGAUUCAGGAUCCGUUCCCCAGGCAUUGGCAUCCUUUCUGCUGCUGAUCCUUGCCUGGCCUUUCCUGCUCUUAGCAGUUCAACACUGAUCAGGACCAGACACCAUCCCUUCCUCCCCCUUCCAGUGACUUCCUUGGGGUUGCUGGCUACUCUUACUGUGAGAGGGACCCCCUGGACUCCUGACAAGCCCCACCAGGGACAUGACAACUGCCAAUAAAUAAAUUAGAAAUCCGGGCCCUGAACCAGGACUGUUCUCACUGAGGCGUGCCCCUCACUCUGGUACCCCGUAUUGGAAGCCUCCUCUUCCUCCACUGUUAAAUAGCUGCUUAGUGUGUGUUCCCCUGUUAUAUUCUGCUAGCUUCCUGCUUCAAGGCUUCUCCCCACAUGGGCUAGAGAUGGCACAGGGCACUUCUAUGUUUACCCUCCAAUAGCCCCUCCUGCUGCCCCCUCCAACAGGGGGCACAGGAAGGAUUCCAGAUAUGGAGGUAGGAUAUCCCUGGGGCACCACCCCAUGCCUCCAACAGCUUUGGUCAGAAUGUUCUGUUUUCUAAGGGCUUGUUUAUUGGUAUCUUUUUUCCCCACAUUGCCUACAUUAUCCAAUGUAGUUGCUCCUCCUCCCUCUUCCAGAGAGCCAUCAUACUGAGUAAAGAAUAAAAUAGAAGGGUAACUAACACACCCAAAGCGUCUGAUGUCAUCUGCAGUGUCCCAUUCCCACAAGAAAGGAAAGAAGGUGCCCUCCCAUAGCUUUUCUUUGGGGCUAAUUUCAUAGCAUUCACUUUCAGCUCUCUUUUAUUUUUUUAAUCAUUGUGUAUAUAUACAAUGUUGGAAUGAUUCUUAUGUUGUUCUGCUCACUUCCUUUUGUAUCUGUUCACAUACA